GCCGGUGGUGUACAGCUACGUGAGAAUCAGAGGGGGUGCGGGAGAGGAAGAGCAAUCAGCAAUCAGCGAGUGGGAGGGAAUGUGGCAGUGUGGGAGUUAAAAGCUUUUCUGCAGCUCCGAGGGAACAUCUCCUGACUGCAGUGGGAAGAUAAAGGAACAGGACAGGUUGUCUUCAGAUUCUACAAAUGUUGGCUUGCCAUGUUGAGAUUUUUCCAACCACGGUGUUCUUCAAGACAGUUCACUUACAAGGCACAUCAUUGGACCAGUACAGCAGCUAAGAUGAUUGAACUAGGAUACAAAAGGAAAAUGCUAAAGUGCCCUAGAGCUUGUAUGUCUGAGACUUCAGUUCAGCACUGAAAAUCGUCAAGGAUACCUUCAAGAAAAACUGGGCAGACAACACAUGGACAUUCUCUAAAAGGAUCAUCACUGCUUUCCUCUGCACGGCGUUGCAUUUUGUCUUUAUCAUCAUUUUUUUCCCCCAGCAGCCUCAGAGGCGCCAGUGAAGAUGAAGGCAAAUGAAAUGUAGUAGAAGCAGAGAUGGGAGAGGCUGCAGCAGGGAAAGCUGCUGUGAAGAUGCACGAGGGAUGCAUCUGGGGCUCAGACGAAGCGAUCUGCCCAGGGCAACGCAGCAGCUGAGCAAAAGAGCCAUCCCCAGUGCUUCUCCCUUGUAAUGUAAGCCAUCUACAAUUACGAUGCUGUCCAAGAUGUGGAGCUCUCCCUGCAGGUCGGCGACACCGUUCACAUUUUGGAGAUGUAUGAAGGCUGGUACCGAGGAUACACGCUCCGAAAUAAGUCAAAGAAGGGCAUUUUCCCAGAAACGUAUAUCCAUUUAAAAGAGGCAACCGUGAAGGACCGGGGACAACAUGAAACGGUGAUUCCGGGUGAACUGCCACUUGGGCAAGAACUUACAUCCACCCUGAGGGAGUGGGCAGUUAUCUGGCACAAGUUAUACGUGGAUAACAAGACAACACAGUUUCGUCAUGUCCAACAAUUGACUUACAGCCUGAUAGAGUGGAGAUCACAGAUAUUAUCUGGGACUCUUCCCAAGGAUGAGCUGGCUGAACUCAAGAAGAAAGUCACUGCUAAAAUUGACUAUGGCAACAGGAUCCUGGGUUUGGACCUGGUUGUACGAGAUGACAACGGGAACAUCUUGGACCCAGAUGAAACCAGCACAAUCUCUCUUUUCAAGGCCCAUGAAACUGCAUCCAAAAGGAUUGAUGAAAGAAUCCAGGAAGAAAAGUCCCUGCAACAGAAUUUGGAGCUCCGAGGGCAGCCAAUAUUUAACACAACGCACACAUACAGCCUGUAUGUAAACUUCAAGAAUUUUGUCUGUAAUAUUGGAGAAGAUGCAGAGCUGCUAAUGAGCCUCUAUGACCCUGACCUCUCCAAAUUCAUCAGUGAAAAUUACCUUGUUCGUUGGGGCAGCAAUGGGAUGCCGAAGGAAAUUGAGAAGCUAAAUAACCUUCAAGCAGUCUUUACUGAUUUAAGCAGUUCGGAUUUGAUCAGACCGAAAAUCAGCCUGGUGUGUCAGAUUGUGAGGGUGGGACAUAUGGAGCUGAAAGAUGGGAAGAAACACACGUGUGGACUCCGGAGACCAUUUGGCGUGGCAGUGAUGGACAUAACAGAUAUCAUACAUGGGAAGGUGGACGAUGAGGAAAAGCAACAUUUUAUUCCAUUUCAGCAGAUUGCCAUGGAAACAUACAUCAGACAGCGACAGCUAAUUAUGUCCCCACUGAUAACUUCCCAUGUGAUUGGAGAAAAUGAGCCCCUCACUUCUGUCUUCAACAAAGUCAUCGCUGCAAAGGAAGUGAAUCAUAAAGGGCAAGGUCUUUGGGUUUCCCUGAAGCUGCUUCCUGGUGACCUAGCACAGGUUCAGAAGGAUUUUUCCCACCUUGUAGACAGAUCGACUGCUGUGGCUCGCAAAAUGGGGUUCCCUGAGAUAAUUCUUCCUGGUGAUGUUCGAAAUGAUAUCUACGUCACUCUGAUACAAGGAGAGUUUGACAAAGGGAAGAAGAAGACUCCUAAGAACGUAGAAGUCACCAUGUCUGUACAUGAUGAGGAUGGCAAUCUCCAAGAGAAAGCUAUUCAUCCUGGUGCUGGUUACGAAGGUGUCUCUGAGUAUAAGUCUGUUGUUUAUUAUCAAGUCAAGCAACCAUACUGGUAUGAAACUGUAAAGGUAUCCAUUGCAAUAGAGGAAGUCAGUCGUUGCCAUUUAAGAUUCACUUUUCGUCAUCGGUCAUCACAGGAAUCUAGGGAUAAGUCUGAGAGAGCUUUUGGCAUGGGCUUUGUGAAGCUGAUGAAUGCAGAUGGAACAACACUACAGGAUGGCAAACACAACUUGAUUAUUUAUAAGGGUGAUAACAAGAAAAUGGAAGAUGCAAAAUGCUAUUUAACUCUUCCUUAUACAAAAGUGGAAAUGGAGGAGAAGGAGACCCCCUCAGGGAAAAGUCUGCACCAUCUCGCCAACUUUACACCCAACAAAGACAGUACAAAAGACAGCUUCCAGAUUGCCACUUUAAUCUGCUCCACCAAGCUCACCCAGAAUGUUGACCUGCUGGGUUUGUUGAACUGGCGUUCCAACUCUCAGAACAUUGCCCACAACCUAAGGAAGCUAAUGGAGGUAGAAGGAGGAGAAAUUGUAAAGUUUUUGCAAGACACUCUUGACGCGCUUUUCAACAUCAUGAUGGAAAUGUCAGAAAAUGAAACCUAUGACUUCCUUGUGUUUGAUGCCCUGGUAUUUAUUAUUUCCUUGAUCGGAGACAUAAAGUUCCAGCAUUUCAACCCUGUACUUGAAACUUACAUUUACAAGCACUUCAGUGCAACUCUAGCAUACGUGAAACUCACUAAAGUGCUGAACUGCUACGUGGGAAAUGCCGAUGACUCCAGCAAGACAGAACUGCUGUUUGCUGCUCUGAAAGCCUUGAAAUACCUCUUCCGAUUCAUCGUUCAGUCACGAAUAUUGUACUUGAGGUUUUAUGGGAAAAGUGAAGAUGGUGAUGAAUUUUAUACUGCAAUACGCCAGCUGUUCUUCUCCUUCAAUGUCCUCAUGGACCGUCCUUUAGAGGAGGCUGUCAAGAUUAAGGGCGCAGCUUUAAAGUAUUUGCCGAGCAUCAUAAACGAUGUCAAACUGGUCUUUGACCCUGUUGAACUCAGCAACCUCUUCGGCAACUUCAUCCAAAGCAUUCCCGACAACCAGUUGGUUCGACAGAAGCUGAACUGCAUGACCAAGAUCGUUGAGAGCGAUCUGUUUAAGCAGCCCGAAUGCAGAGGUGCUCUUCUCCCUCUGCUGAUAGACCAGCUGAGUGGGCAGCUGGAUGACAACUCAAACAAGCCCGACCACGAGGCCAGCUCACAGCUACUGAGCAGUGUUCUGGAAGUUCUGGAUAGGAAAGAUGUGGGGCCCACGGCUGACCACAUCCAGCAGAUCAUGGAACGCUUGCUAAGGAGAAUAAACCGCACGGUGAUUGGAAUGAGCAGACAAUCUCCACACAUUGGAAUUUUUGUGGCCUGCAUGACAGCCAUCCUGAGGCAGAUGGAUGACGUCCAUUACAACCAUUACAUCAAUACUUUCAAAACCAGGCAGGACAUUAUUGACUUCCUGAUGGAAACAUUCAUUAUGUUUAAGGAUUUGAUUGGAAAAAAUGUCUAUGCAUCUGACUGGAUGGUCAUGAAUAUGAUGCAGAGCAGGGUUUUCCUCAGGGCAGUGAACCAAUUUACCUCUGUGCUCAACCGCUUCUUCCUGGAUCAAGCAAGUUUUGAGCUCCAGCUCUGGAAUAACUAUUUCCAUUUGGCAGUGGCCUUUCUCACUCAUGAAUCCCUCCAGCUGGAGACGUUCUCACAAGCCAAGCGCAGCAAAAUUAUCAAGAAGUAUGGGGACAUGAGGAAAGAAAUUGGCUUCAAAAUAAGGGAUAUGUGGUAUAACCUGGGUCCCCACAAAAUAAAGUUUAUUCCGGCAAUGGUAGGCCCAAUCCUGGAGGUAACUUUGGUCCCAGAGCCUGAGCUACGGAAAGCUACCAUUCCCAUCUUCUUUGAUAUGAUGCAGUGCGAAUACAACUUCAGUGGGAAUAGAAACUUUCAUAUGUUUGAAAACGAGUUGAUAACCAGACUGGACCAGGAAGUCGAGGGAGGCAGAGGGGACGAACAGUACAAGAUUUUGCUGGAGAAACUCCUCUUGGAGCACUGUCGGAAGCAUAAAUACCUGUCUGCAUCUGGAGAAAAGUUUGCUUGGCUGGUCAGCAGCUUGCUGGAGAACCUGCUGGACUACAGAACAAUCAUGCACGAUGAAAGCAAGGAGAACCGCAUGAGCUGCACUGUCAAUGUGCUGAAUUUUUAUAAGGAGAAGAAACGAGAGGACAUUUAUAUCAGAUAUCUGUAUAAACUCCGGGACCUGCACACAGACUGUGAGAACUUCACCGAGGCAGCAUACACCCUCCUCCUCCAUGCAGAGCUGCUCCAGUGGUCUGAGAAGCCAUGUGUCCCCCAUCUGCUGCAGAGGGACAGCUACUAUGUCUACUCACAACAGGAACUCAAGGAGAAACUCUAUCAAGAAAUUAUCUCCUUCUUCGACAGGGGCAAAAUGUGGGAAAAAGCCAUUCAGCUAAGCAAAGAGUUGGCUGACAUGUAUGAAAACAAGGUUUUUGAUUACGAGGGACUCGGUAAUCUCCUGAAAAAACGAGCUACUUUUUAUGAAAAUAUUAUGAAGGCAAUGAGACCUCAACCAGAGUACUUUGCAGUUGGAUACUAUGGUCAGGGUUUCCCCUCUUUCCUCCGGAACAAAAUUUUUAUCUACCGUGGCAAGGAGUAUGAACGAAGGGAAGACUUCAACCUGAAGCUCCUCACCCAGUUUCCUAGCGCUGAGAAGAUGACCAGCACUGCCCCUCCAGGAGAGGAGAUCAAAUCUUCUCCUAAACAGUAUGUGCAGUGCUUUAUAGUGAAGCCUGUGAUGAACCUGCCACCUAAUUAUAAAGACAAACCUGUUCCUGAACAGAUCUUAAACUACUACAGAGCAAAUGAGGUGCAGCAGUUCACGCACUCCCGACCAUUCAGAAAAGGAGAAAAGGAUCCAGAGAACGAAUUUGCUACUAUGUGGAUAGAAAGGACAACCUACACGACAGCAUAUUCGUUUCCAGGCAUCCUCAAGUGGUUUGAAGUCAGACAGAUUACAACGGAAGAGAUCAGCCCGUUGGAGAACGCCAUAGAAACGAUGGAGCUCACCAAUGAGAAAAUCAGCAACAUUGUCCAGCAGCAUGUCUGGGACCGGAGUCUUCCUGUGCAUCCUCUCUCUAUGCUCCUCAAUGGGAUUGUGGACCCAGCAGUCAUGGGAGGAUAUACCAACUAUGAAAAGGCCUUUUUCACAGAGAAAUAUCUUCAAGAGCAUCCUGAAGAUCAAGAUAAAAUUGAACUGCUUAAGCAAUUGAUUGCUCUACAGAUGCCAUUGUUAGCAGAGGGAAUUAGAAUCCACGGCGAGAAGCUGACAGAGCAGCUGAAGCCUCUGCACGACAGACUGACAGCCUGUUUCAAAGAGCUGAAGAAGAAGGUGGAGAAGCAGUAUGGCGUAAUAACCUUGCCUCCCUCCCUGACCGAAAGGAAACCAAGCAGGUCAGGCUCUGUGGUGUUGCCCUACAUCAUGUCUUCCACGCUGAGACGGCUCUCUGUCACAUCUGUGGCCUCUUCUGUGGUCUCUACAUCUUCCACGUCGUCUGAUAGCACUUCCUCCAGGCCCGGUUCAGAUGGAUCUAUUCUGGAGCCUCUCUUGGAGAGAAGAAUAUCAGCAGCUUCCAGAGCUGAGGACCUGCCCAUCAAAGAAGAUGGUGAUAACAGGAUUUGCAAACUGAAGCGGAAGGAGUGGAGUAUUAGCAAGUCUCAGGUUAUUGUGGAGAAGGAGCCAGAAAUGGAACUGACUUCCAAAAUGAGCACGUCAGGAAAAGCUCAAAGGCCAAAGAGUCUUCAGUUAGGAGACAACAGGCUGACUUUGCUUCAGGGUUCUUCUCUCCAGCAGUCAACGCCUCUCAGCCCACCACCCAUAACUCCCAAAACCCCAAGAACCCACAGUUUUCCCUCAUUGCAGUCGGAUGGAUUGCCAGCUGCUAGCUUGCAGAGCACCCCACCCCCACCUCCGCCCAAGAGCAAACCCUAUGAGAAUAGCAACCCGAGGAACUCUGUGGAGGUUGCUCCACCACUACCAAGCAGACGUGAAGCCAAACCUCCCCCUCCACCCCCAAAAACCAGAAAAUCCAGCGUCCUCUCUUCAGAGCAAGGAUUGCAGUGAGGAUUAUUACUUGCUUGCCUAACAGCAAGUGCCUAGAGAGAAAUGGCUGCUUUCUCUUCACUGAUGUGCUGGGGCUUUCUACCCUAAAGACUAGUGAUCUCGUUUGCCAUUCCAUUCACUUCCAUUGAAGUUGUCCCUGGGAAGUACCAAAAGGAACUCUUGAUGUAACUGUAUUCCCAACCUCUGGUUUACCUUUCCAAUAAUGAGACACUAAUCACAUAGGGGAAGAAGUCAGCCUACUGGAAUUCUUGUCUUAGUCUUGUCUGUCCUGAAUUUUAUCACUGAUGCAAUUUCAGCGGCUCGUUCCUAGUCUAAAACCAUCACAGCAGUGAUUUGAAACCAGUGCUCGAACCGAAGUGAGCCACACCAGUAUGAGAUGUGUUCUGCAGUAUUUCCACAUGGGUUCAUGACAGCUUUGUAGCUGUACUAAAGCACAAAUCCCUCCUUCUGUCGCUGUAGACAAGCCCUGAUUUGCAUGAAGUGAGACGGAUCGCAGCCGUGCGAUGUCAGGUGUCGGUGUGUGAUGUGUGGUCUCCUAAGAUUCAUGAUUGCAGGCAGAGACCUGAGCAUUGUUAGCAGAAUAAGAAACCUCUUUUCUGCUGCUCAUCAUGUGUAUUUAAGAUGAAGUGCAGACGUUCUGCCUUACACCGUCUCUGCUCCGGUAGUGGCAGUUGCUCACUCCCAAUGGAGGGUUUAGGUUUGCUGGUACUUAAUCAUAAUUUCACUGUUGAUUCUGGUUUUAACACUACAGAGCAGUUGAUAUUCCUUCCUUUGUUAUGUUGCUACUUUGUUUUGCAUCUGGGACAAAGGCUUCAUCUUCGUGCUUUUUGAAUAGGGUGUAAAAAGUGACUUUUCUCCUGUGAAUGUCUUAGAAUGGGUAGAAGUUGUGUCGAUACCAGCACUGUAUUGAUACCAGCAACCUGGGGAGGAUGGAGUCUGUACUGUAACAUUUCCUUGGGCUGGCCGUAUCCUCACAAACAGAAAUAAGUAUCAUCCUCCUUUCCCUCCUCCUCAUGUGGAGUACUUGCACUUUGAUUUGUGACCUCCCUUGGUCUAAGUUGUUCACAGCCACUAGACUUUGAGGAGCCACUUGGAUCUUGGAUGUGUGGAAGACUUGUCAAUUAACCACCACGCUUCCUGUUGUUUGGAUUACUCCAGCUCUGCAGCUUUUCUUUCCUUGGAGAACGAGAUAAUUAUAUUAUUUAUGAGUAUUUUAUUAAUCUGCUUAAUUAUUCUCUUUCAGUUAUUUAUUUCCUGCUCUCUCAAAAUGUCAACAUCAGUCCUUUCAUUUUAUUUAUUCUGAAGUAGAGAAAUGUCCUGAUCUUGGGUUUUAACCUUUUAAAAUUCCUGUUAUCCAUGCACGCAGUUAGAAGAGCCUUUCCUCAUGGCUAUAUAGCGACCAAAGAUAGAGCACAAACAUCAAUACUCCAUAUAUAUGGACCAGAUGGGCCUUGUGCAGUGCUUAAGCUGGAAGGAAGUUCAAUUGAAAGUUGACUUGCAGCCUGCAUUUCAGGUCUGUUCUACCACGGAAUGAUCACUCCAAAAAUAGUUCCAGCAGCUCUUUCUUGCUGUGUGGAGCGGGACCUUCCUAAACUCCCAGUUUCAGAACUCAUUCCCCUUAUGAGGAACUUCACUGUUAUCUUUUCAAGCAACGUAGUUAUAACUUUCUUACAUAUCCCCCCAGAGGUGUCACUGCCACUUGGUGCCACAUUUCUUUCUUCUAGGAAAUGAUAUUGCUUAUUACCUGUCGCUGUCAUUAAGUUCCUGAUUAUCAGGUGUAAUUUAUGGAGACACAUUAAGAACCCUGCUGUGGAUGUUGCUCACAGGAUACCGGGGUUUUUUUGUUUGAUUUGUUGUGGGUUUUUUUUGCAGGCCACUGCACCAAUAUUCUGCUCACACGACUUAACUGAGUUUUAUUGCCCUACUGAAAAAUUAAAGUUGUUUGAGAUAGGCUUUAAUUAGGUUUCAGCUCUUCUUCAGAGAAAAACAAAAUCAAAGAAUCCCUAUUCUGACUGUGAGGACCAAAGUUGCCCUGUCUGUUGUUCUUUUAUGUUCCUUUGCCUUCUGUGUGACUCCAGUUCAUGAAACCUGCAUUUAUUUUGCUGCAUGUAUGGCUCUGCAAACAGAUUGCACUCAUUAAAGGGUCAUAUCAGAUUCCCAUCACAGAGCAGGAUGGAGACGUUGGGGAAGUUGCACUGCAGUCACAGUUGUGCUCUCUAUAGCUCACAUGCAAUUGUCUUCUGGGCCGUUGCCUUCUCAGGGGAAAUCUUUGAAACCAUUCUGGACAACCUGAGUGUGUUUCACCACCUCUGCAGUGCAUUGCAGGGCUUGUCAGCUCUGCGUUAUGUUCCUGGGCACAGAUGCUGCCUGACUUGAACACCACUUGGGUUUUCUUGUCUUUCAUUUCUUGUCCACUUCUCCCUCCUCUUGUAAGCACCAUCUUCCUUCUGCUGCUGUCGCACACAAACUGAAGGAUCCUUUCAAACUCUUCACUUGAACAAGAACUUUUUGUCUUCAGCAAGAGUUCCGUUAAGGCACAGCCCUAUGGUGAGGUGUGAGUGAUAGAAAGGUAGGCAUCAACUCCACCUUUAGUAAUUCAGUGCCUUGCCUUUGUUCCCUCAUUCCUUGGUUCUUUUCCUUUCCAGAGCAGGUUUGCUUUUAAUUCCUUUGGUAAGUCAGCAGGAAGUUUGGCUAGUGGCUUCUCAUGGGCUAAGAGGACAGCAGUCUGGUUUGGUUGUUUCAGUUCCAAGUGAUGUUUGAGUGAUAAUUCCCUGCCUUUCUGAUCUGCUUUAUUAACUUCAACUUGUAGAUGUACCUUGUGCAUCCAGUGGGUAUUUUUCCUGGAGCAUGGAGCUAGUCCAUGCAAAAAGACCUCACUGGGGGAAGCCUGACCUUGGGAAGAGUUCUUCAGCCAAUCUUUAAUGACCCUAUACUCCACGCUUUUCAACUUCAAGGAUGUUUGGUUCUGCCUGCUAGUCCGGGCCCUUUGCUUUGUAGUCUCUUUUUUCCCCAUUUGUUUCCUAUUCCUAUGAUUACAGACUAGUUGUACAUACAGAGUACCUGGCACAUAAGUGGUUAAUUAUCCCCUCCCUCCCUUUCCUCCCUUGGCUCGUGCCUCUAUCAGCCCCAGGGAAAAAGUGAACCCAGUCAUUGUCUCUCCUGAUGCUUAUGAUGUCCACAUCCCCAAAUACAUGGUGGGGAGAAGUAGGGCGGUGGUGGAACCCCACCCCUGCGUUCAGCAGGGCCUGAAACAAGCCUUUCAUUUGCAUCUUCAGCUCUCACAACAGAGCCAGCAGUGAGGAUGCUGUCUCCCCAUAGCUCUGCCUUGCAGUCGCCCCAUCCCACCUGGUGGCUCCAUGAUGCUUCUCAUGGUGCACUCUCUGCAGCUCAUUCCAUUCUUCCCACUGCGGUGGUUGUCAUCGUGAGACAUCACCUCCCUGCAAGGAAAGGAGCAGCUGAUGCUGAACUAUGGAGCGAGGAGAUCUCCCUCCCUAAAAUGCUGUGCAAAUUUUCUACGCCAACAGUUGAAGUUUUGGGGGCAUUUUAAUUCUUUCUUAGCAUUAUUGUUGUACUAGGGCCUGUUGGAAGUGCUGGAAACUCUUCCCUUUUUCUUGCCUUUGGUCAAACUAGCUUGUGGGUAGGAGUUGAGUUUUCUUCAGUGUAUUACUGACUGUGUGAAGCGUUCUGUUCUUAGCUGAUACAAGUCAGCAGAGCCUACGUAGAUCUACACGAUGGGAUUUCUGUGCUUUGCCCAAGUGACGUGGGCCUUUGUUUGGGCCAGUUUUGGAAAACAGCAUUGUCCUUCUCAGUGCCGGGUUUUUAAAAGCAAUUGGGCUCUUAAGUGUGUGAGUAAGCAGGGGGCCCGAAUGCUUUUAAUUAAGGAGAAUUUAGUGCAAAAUCCCACCAGAUCUCUGAUUUUUUUUAUUUUUUUUCAAUGAAAAUGUUCUGCUCUUUGCUACAAUACCUAAGUUCUGAGAUUUCAUCUUCAGAGACUGCUUAAGUUCUCACUACUUCGUUUUCGAGAUGAGAAAUGGCAUUCCAUGUCACUUAAAUGACUUUGGAAGCAUCACUCAAUGUCAUCUAAAGCGUAGGACUGAAAAUGGGAGUCCAAGAUCAAUCCAUAAUGGUGAUCUCCGCAUAGCAGAACUGAAAGCAAACAGCAGCAUUUGUACCGAGCUCAUGGCUUAGAAUAAAACAGAGUUCAAUAUGCAGACUGCAGAGAAGACACGGUCUGAGUCCCAUCUCACAGCUACGCUGUCCACUGCUAGUGUUGAAUUUCAAGUCGUAGAGAGGAUCUUUUUUCUUUUCUUUGGAGAAAUAUGCUCAACACUUGUUUCCUGGAGCUUUUAAUUAAAGCUCGUCACGCUGUGCUAAAUUCCUUUAAAAAUGUUACAGGCUCUAAUCCACAUCAGGGAAGAGAGAAGCAGAGAGCUUUCCAUUUCAGUGGAUUAUGGGAUUAGGAAAGGACACCGAUUCCAGUGAGAACAGCUCUGUGAUCUGCGGUGGCAGAAAUACCAUCCUGGCCAUGUAGCAGUUGUUGAGAACCCGUAUCCAAUCCCCACCGUGCUGUGCAGCCCAGAGCACGUUGCCCAGAUGAACAGCAGGUUGGACUUGUAGCGAUAAUGGCUCGGAUUUCCUCUCCUUAUUUAUUUUUCGAAUUGUAAAUGGCAAUAAGAAGUUUUAAGAUGUCUGUCACUUGACUGUAACCCUUUUCUUAAAUGUAAAAACAUUCCUGACGACUACUGCUACCAUUUUUCAGUUUCUUUUAAUUAAAAAAUUCUGUGUCUUAUGUU